UACCGAGUCGCCGCAGGAAAACCACUGGCAGUCAACGCGUGCCAUUGUGGAGCCUGUCAGAGAGUAUCUGGAGGGCCAUUCCUAGGUUUCGCCGAUUAUGACUCGGUCAGUGUUUCGUGGACACAGCCUCCCGAUAUUUGGGCCUCAAGUGAGUUUGCAGAGCGCGGAUAUUGCAAAAUCUGUGGCUCUGCCAUCUCGAUGAUGUACCUGUUCGAGAGGGAGAGGAUCGGGUUGACGCUAGGGACAAUUAAAGAAGCAGACCCCCCGAUUCCUGGCAUCACGUAUCAUAUCUUCUUGUCGGAGAAGGCACCCUGGUUUGUUGUUCCCGAGGAUGGCGCAACGAGGCAAGCUGGAUUCGGGGAUGAGUUCCAAGCCAAGGUCGACAAGUGGAAGAUGGAGCAGGGAACAAACAAUGCCUGCAGAUCGAAACUUUGA